AUGCGGGCAGGGAGCUGUGGAGACCCCCAGGAAAAGCCCCCGGURACCCGGGGGCUGGGAUCCUGGAGCAUGGGACUUGAGGAACCAGAGACAGCAGGCCAGCCGAGAGCAACCCUGCUGCCCACACCCAAUGGUAGUGGGCCGGGCCAGGAGUGGGAAGGCCACUGGCCAGAGAUCCCAGAGAAGUCACCGUGCGUGGUCGGAGUCAUUCCUGUYAUCUACUACAGUGUUCUGCUGAGCUUGGGGCUGCCUGCCAACCUCCUGACCUCAGUGGCCCUGGCCCRCCUCGCCGCCAAGACCAGGAAGCCCUCCUACUACUACCUCCUGGCGCUCACGGGCUCCGACAUCACCACCCAGGUGGUCAUCGUCUUCGUGGGCUUCCUCCUGCAGGGCGCGCUCCUGGCCCGCCAGGUGCCCCAGGCCGUGGUGCGCGUGGCUAACGUCCUGGAGUUUGCCGCCAACCAUGCCUCCGUCUGGGUCACCGUCCUGCUGACCGUUGACCGCUAUAACGCCCUGUGCCACCCCCUGCGCCAUCGGGCCACCUCGUCCCCAGGCAGGACCCGCAGGGCUAUUGCCGCUGUCCUCAGCGCUGCCCUGCUGACUGGCGUCCCCUUCUACUGGUGGCUGGAUGUGUGGAGGGACACGAGCCCCCCCGGCACGCUGGACGAGGUCCUCAAGUGGGCCCACUGCCUCAUCGUCUUCUUCAUCCCCUGCAGCGUUUUCCUGGUCAGCAACUCAGCCAUCGUCCUCCAGCUGCGGAAGAGGGGACGGAGCGGGCUGCAGCCCUGGGUGGGUAAGAGCACAGCCAUCCUCCUGGGGGUCACCUUGCUCUUUGCCCUUCUGUGGGCACCCCGGAUCUUCGUCAUGCUCUACCACCUGUAUGUGGCCCCCGUCCACCGGGACUGGAGGGUCCACCUGGCCCUGGAUGUGGCCAACAUGGUGGCCAUGCUCAACACAGCAGUCAACUUUGGCCUCUACUGCUUUGUCAGCAAGACUUUCCGGGCCACUGUCCAGCAGGUCAUCCAUGAUGCCCACCUGCCCUGCACCCUGGGGUCACAGCCAGAGGGCAUGGUGGGGGAGCCUGUGCUGAGGCCCCCAGAACUCCCCAAAGGGGCGGGGUUGUAG